AUGUCGUCUGCCCUCUCACUUCCAAUGAUACGGCCGGCGGCCGGACAUGGUUUCCAGCAGCACGGGUCGCCGCCAUGCCACGGCCGGGUGCUGCAGCCCAGGAAGCUGCCGGCAGCGGCAACGACGUCGGUGCACUGCGGUGCCUUCCGGAGGGACAACUACGGAGGCGCGCUGGCGGACGAGGGCAUGCCAGUGCUGCGGCGGAGGAUCCGGGAGGCGAGGAUGGCGGAGACAAACUAUGAAGCUCCAGCCGGGUGGGCAGCCUGGGAGAAGCGGUACUACCGGACCUACGUCUCCGACGUGUCCGCCCUCGCCGGCGCGCUGCAGCUGAUGGCGAUGGGCACCAGGCCCGGCGUCGCUGUUGCCGUGGCCGCGCUAGUUCUCGCCGGUGUGCCUGUCUCCGCCGCCAUUGCCCUGCACCUCCUCGGGCAGGUCGUGGGAGCCGCUCUGCAGCAUUCUUGACCGGUUCAUCGGCAAUGCGUGUGUGUGUGUAGAUAAUGUGACAUAUUGAUUGGUUUGCUGGAUAUGCUAUUCAUUUGAUUUUAGCCAGAGUAACAAUUACUUUUGUAUUUGUAUAGUCUGAACUUGAAAAGUUGGAGGGAGCAGAGUUGAUGGGAGCUUGUCAAUUUGCCCCUCUCUAACAAGGUUUUUUUCCCUCGUUUUCUAAAAAGUAUG